AUGGCAUUGCGGAAGAAAGAGCUCCACAUUUGUCCACCUCCAAAUUACGGUCUAAGUGUUUUCGAAGUUGAUAGAUUAACUGAGAGUGCUGGUGUAUAUGGUCAUAAGGUGUACUAUGGUUGGGAAAAUAACACCUUUAGGAGGAUAGAAAGCAGUAGGGAGUUGAAUGGUUAUGUUAAGGGAGAGGUUGGGCCAACUAAGGAAGUUAACUUAUAUCUUGAAGUAUCUUUUCAUGAAAUUCUAGUGCAACAACUUGGUUAUGAUCCGUAUGAGGUAGAUGAGACAGAAAAUGAACUCCAAAAUGGUGAUGGUAACAAUAAUAUUAGGGAUGAAGGUCAAGGAAGGUGUGCUACUAAUAAUUGUGAUAAUGAUUCCAACGCAAGUGAUGAGACUUUUUUUUCAGCUAUUGAUUCAGAUUAUGAAAUAGGCGAUGAUGCUGAUGAUGGUAUACUUCAUGAUAAUGUUGACAAAAAUGCUGAAUGGUUGGGAGUAGACAAUCACAGGAAAGAAAAUGUGGUUCCUGAUCCUUUGAAUGAAACAGAGAAAGUUCCUGAUUCUGAUGAAACAGAACAGGUUCCUGAUUCUGAAUCUGAUUUUGAAAGCAUUCAUGAGUCUGAUGAUAAAGAGUCUAAAUUGAGGUCUCGUACUUUUGAUCCUAAGCAUAUUGACAAUCCAAAAUUAGAGCUGUACAUGUCCUUUACAAGUCUGAAACUUUUCAAGACUGCUGUACAUAAUUAUAGUGUGAAACAAGGCAGGUCUUGUAAGUUUGUGAAACAAGAUAGAGUGAGGGUGAGGGCUAGAUGCAGAAAUAGUGAAUGUAAUUGGGUUAUAUAUGCUAGAAAAUUAAGUGGGGACGGAACUAUUCAAAUAAGAACAUUUGAAGAUAAUCACACAUGUGGUUUUACAUAUGAUAACCCUCUUGUGCAUUCUGGAUGGGUAGCUAAGAAGUACUGUGAAGAGUUUAGGUGUAAUCCUAAAUUAGAUUUGGAGCAUUUUAGGAAGACGGUAAUGAAAGAAAAUAGGUGCUCCUUCACAAAAAAUCAAACAUAUAGGUCAAGGAGAAAAGCAAUGAAAAUUGUUCAGAGCAGUGAAAAAGACCAGUACAGCAAAUUAGGAGUUUAUAUGCAUGAAAUUCUAAGAUCCAAUCCUGAUAGCACUAUUAUAAUGAAAACUGUUGAUGGUUUUAGAGACUCAAAAACAGGGAAAGGCAGAUUUGAGAGGUUGUACAUCUGUUUUGCUGGAGUGAAGCAUGAUUUCCUAACUGGAUGUAGGCAGUUUAUUGGAGUAGAUGGUACUUUUUUGAAAGGAUCAAUAGGAGGAGUUUUGCUAGCAGCUGUUGGAGUUGAUGCCAAUAAUGACAUUUUUCCAAUAGCAUAUGCUGCAGCAGAGGGUGAAAGUAAGGACUCAUGGUGCUGGUUCUUCAAACUAUUGAAAGAAGAUUUGAAGAUUGAAAAGGAUUAUGAGUGGACAAUAAUAAGUAACAAACAAAAAGGUCUAGUUGAAGCAUGUGAUAUGAUUUUCCCAAAUGCAACCCAUAGAUUUUGUGUGAAACACUUGCACAAUAACUUUUCAUCUACUGGGUUCAAAGGAGAAGGUUUGAGGAGAGCGUUAUGGACUGUUGCCAAAGCAACAACACCAGCCCAAUUCAUUAGCAGAAUGGAAGCAAUGGCUGAAAUUGAUAUAGAGGCAGCCAAGUGGUUUGAUGACAAACCACCAAGUCAAUGGAGCAGAACUUAUUUUAGCACCCAUCCUAAAUGUGCUAUGUUAUUGAAUAACAUCUGUGAGUGCUUCAACAGCAAAAUUCUUGAUGCUAGGGAGAAGCCAAUAAUUGAGAUGUUUGAAGCAAUACGGUUGUACAUGAUGCAGAGAAUGCAAAAAAAUAGGGAUCUGGCCAAAGAGAAGUGA